UCGGGCGAGAAAAACAUGAUUUUGAGGUUAUGUUAAAAAGUUGUCAAAGCCGUUUGCCAUGCCGUUCUUGGCAUAAUUUUGUUUCGGGAUUUAAAUCGGCUUAUAAACGAUAUAUCAUCGAAAAUUUCAAGAAGUCAGAAGAACAAUGCCUCCGAAGUCAAAAAAAUCAAGUAUUAUAUGGAAUCAAUGCGAAAAAUGUGGAAUCAGCAUUGUAUCAAAAGACACCGAAAUUCAUUCUAAUAAUUGCCCCCCAGACUUGGAAAAAUGGAAACAUCCUUUCAUUUACGAAGGACUUUUAUACAGUACCUUAGGAAUUAAAUCUAGUGAUGAAUAUAAUGGUUUAUCUGUUAAACAUAUAAAUGAGUACGUUUUUUUAAGUCAAAAUGUUAUGCAAAUAUGUGGAUUCGUAAUAGGGGAAUAUAUUUUAUUGCAUAUAACAGAUACAAAUUUAUGGGUAGUAAAACGUGCAUGGCCAUGUUUUGAAAAGUCUUUGACUUCUGUUUUGUUGACAGAAAAAGUGUAUGAAAGAUUAAAUUUAAAUAGUAAGCAGACAAACGUUAUUGCUUCAAAAAUCGUUGAUACACCAGAACCUCUACAGUCCAUUCACAUACAAUUUCUAAAUAAACCUGAAGAAGGAAUCAUGGAAGAUGUGAAGCUUUUCUUAGAAGGAUACUAUUUAGAUAAAAUUAUUCAACCUGCAGAUAAGCAUUACAUAGAUUUUUUGGGAAAAACUUACAAAUUUAAAAUAUUAAACAUGAAGUCUUAUAAUAACACAGAUAAAUCAUUAGAAGACAAAUUUGCUAAACUACAUAUGCAAAAUGAUAAAGCUCCAGUUCUAUAUAGAGUAAUUCCAUCUACUCAGUGGGUCUAUGAAGAAAACGAUUCGGCAAAUAAAAAAUCCAAAACUUAUCCUAUAUCAAGCAUUGGUGCAUUAGAUGAAACCAUCACAGAACUACGAGAUAUAUUAUCAUUAGCUUUAGAUCUAAGAAAAGUAGAAUCCAAUGUAAAAUUAAACACUAUGAAAGGGGUUUUGCUAUAUGGGCCUACAGGAUGUGGUAAAAGUUUAUUAGCUAAAUCAGUUGUUAAUGAUUUAGGUGUUCGAUUGUUUGAAAUUAAUGGACCAGAAAUAUUCAGUAAAUUUUUUGGUGAAACAGAAUCUACAUUGAAGACUUGUUUUAAUGAAGCAAAACUCAAUUCUCCUAGUAUCAUUUUAAUUGAAGAGAUUGACAUACUAUGUCCAGAUAAGCCUGGAACUGAACAAGAGCGACGUGUGACUUCUGCACUUACUCAGUGUUUAGAUGAGCUAGCAAAUGAUGAUAAUUGCCGAACAGCAGUUAUAGCAGUAACAAAUAGGCCUGAGAAUUUACAUGUGUCUGUGAGAAGAGCUGGUAGACUGGACAAUGAGAUUGAAGUAUCUGUGCCAAAUAACAAAGGUAGGAUGGACAUUUUACAUAAGCUGAUAUCUCAAGUUCCAAACACAUGUUCUUCUGAAACAAUACUAAAAGUAGCAAAUGCCGCACAUGGUUGUACUGGUGCUGAUUUGGCAGCAAUGUGUGCUUUAGCAGGCUCACAAGCAGUAAAAAGAAUUGCACUUCCAGAGGCUGAUUGCACGGCAGUGUGUGGUGAUAUAGUGUGCGAUGAUAAGGAAAUUAAAAUUUCCGACGAGGAUUUAUUACAUGCGGCUGCAAAUACAAAACCUAGCGCAAUGCGGGAGAUUGCUAUCGAAAUACCAGAUGUAAAGUGGACGGAUAUAGGCGGACAACACGAUCUGAAAUUAAAACUCAAACAAGCAGUAGAAUGGCCGUUGACUAAUCCUGAAUGUUUUAUAAGGCUUGGCAUCAAGCCCCCCAAGGGAGUGUUGAUGUAUGGACCGCCUGGAUGCUCUAAGACAAUGAUCGCGAAAGCCUUGGCGAAUGAGAGUGGAUUAAAUUUCUUGAGCGUUAAGGGCCCUGAGUUGUUUUCACAGUAUGUUGGCGAAUCUGAACGUGCGGUACGUGAAUUGUUUAGGAAAGCUAGACGAGUUGCUCCUUCUGUAGUAUUUUUCGAUGAGAUAGAUGCUUUGGGAACCAGCAGAUCUAAUAAUCAAGGUUCUUCUGGUAGUAAUGUUCAGGAACGCGUCUUAGCACAAUUGCUCACUGAAUUAGAUGGAGUCGCUCCUCUUGAAAAUGUGACUGUUGUUGCUGCUACGAAUCGACCGGACAGGUUAGAUAGAGCUCUACUUAGACCAGGCAGAUUAGAUAGGAUUGUUUAUGUUCCACUUCCUGAUUUGCAAACAAGGAAAGAGAUUUUUAAAGUUAUUACAUCCCGCAUGCCUGUGUCUUCUGAAAUAUCUGUUGAUCGGCUGGCAGAAAAAACUGAUGGUUAUUCCGGGGCUGAAAUUAAAGCUGUUUGUCAUGAGGCUGCUAUGUUUGCUUUAGAAGAAGAUAUGUAUGCUAAACAGAUAACUCUUAAACAUUUCGAAAUGGCCCUUAUUCGAGUACAACCAAGAACGCCAAAAGAUCUGUUGGAUCUUUAUGAAAGCUAUGCAAAUGAAGCAUGAUAAUACAAUGUACAAAU